UUUUUUAUGAAUGAAUGAAUCAAUCAAUCAAUGGAUAGUAUAGUAAAUAAAUAGAUAAAUAAAAAACAAUUAAUUUAUUUUAUUUAUAAUAACAAUAACAAUGAAGUAAUUCAAUCAUAUAAAUGUCACAAUUGGGUAAAAUAAAAGCCUUUUCGUUGUCGGCUCCGUCAUCGUCGUCGGGAACACCGGCGGCGGCGACGGCAGCGGCGAUAUUGUCGGCCGCUAACAAAGUAAUGGACAAAAAGCAAUUGGAAAAGCAGAAAAAGUUGGCCGACGAAGAAGCGGCCGCACAGGCCUACCAGGAGUUUGUCGAGACCUUUGAGGAGGCGCCCAAACAGGGAAAACUGUUUAUCAGAGGUCAGGUCAUCAAUCCGGGCGGAUCACUGGCCAGCGAUGAGUCGUCGACAUUAUCGGCGGGACAAUCGUCUUCUUCUGGUAAAUACUAUAAGGCAAACAAAUUUCAAGAAUUAGAGUCCAAGAAAAGAGUCGUCGUCGUCGGCAUCAUCAUCGGCGGCGACGGCAAAGUUGCGUCAACGCCGGAACCGUUGUUCGCUAAGAGCGACAAACCGCCGAAAAAGAAGGGCGAAGUAAAGAAAAAGACAAAUCUGGAACUGUUUAAGGAAGAGCUGAAACAAAUUCAAGAGGAACGCGAAGAACGACAUCGAUUGAAAAAUCAGAUGAAAGAAUCGGGUGUUAAGUUGCCAUCAGUUAAAUCUUCAUCGUCUUCAUCGUCAUCGCAACAAUCGUCGUCGGCAUUAGAAUUGUCUCCGUUGUUGUCGUCGUCAUCGGCGGCUGAAGUCGGCGUUAGACUUGCCGAUGAAUAUCGUUUACCGGGAAUGGGAUCCUACGAUACCGGUGAUCCCAAUACGACAAACAUUUAUUUAGGUAAUCUAAACCCGAAGAUGACCGAACCGCAGUUGUGCCAGUUGUUCGGCAAAUACGGACCGCUAGCAUCGGUGAAGAUUAUGUGGCCGCGUAGCGAUGAGGAACGAUCGCGCAAUCGGAACUGCGGUUUUGUAGCCUUUAUGAAUCGGCUGAACGGCGAACGGGCACUGAAGGCGUUGAACGGCCGCGAAGUUAUGGACUACGAAAUGAAACUCGGUUGGGGUAAAGCCGUUCCCAUACCGCCCCACCCGGUCUACAUACCGCCAGCGCUGAUGGAACUGACAAUGCCGCCGCCCCAGAGUGGCCUACCAUUCAAUGCCCAACCCGACCCCAGCGAACCAAUCGGUCGGGACAAAUGGCACGACAACAAAGAAAAUUUAGAAAAAGUUAUGUACAAUUCGGUGGUCAAAGUUGUCGUCCCAACCGAUCGUACACUACUCUGUCUCAUACAUCGUAUGGUCGAAUUUGUCGUACGGGAGGGCCCGAUGUUCGAGGCUAUGAUCAUGAAUCGCGAGAUCAAUAAUCCGACCUUUCGGUUCCUGUUUGACAACCAAUCCCCUGCACAUGUCUACUAUCGGUGGCGACUAUUCUCAGUACUUCAGGGCGAACAUCCAUCGAAAUGGCGUACCGAAGAAUUUCGUAUGUUCGACGGCGGUUCACUGUGGCGGCCGCCGCCACUGAAUCCAUGGGAUCAGGGAAUGCCCGACGAACUGAUUGAAAGUUCACCGCCGCGGCCGUCACUGGCGUCGGCAUCGACGGCGUCAGCCGAACGAGCAGAACGAUCGGCAGAACGAACAAAACAUCGUCGAUCCGAAUCGAAACGCGAAUCGUCGUCGUCAUCGUCGACCACAACACGACACGAAUCUCGUAGAGGAAUGUUAAGCGAAUCCCAAAGAGACCGACUCGAAGAUAUGCUCAGAAAUAUGAUACCCGAACGAUCGAAAAUUGCCGAUACAAUGAUCUACUGUAUAGAUCAUUCGGAAAGUGCGGCCGAAAUUGUCGACUGUAUUGCCGAAUCACUGGCCAUUGAGGAGACACCUCUGUACAAGAAGAUUGCUCGGCUGUAUCUCAUUAGCGAUAUCCUACAUAACUGUUCCGUUAAGGUAUCGAAUGUUAGUUUUUUUCGUAAAGGUUUCCAAUCAAGACUUGUCGACAUAUUUCACGAUUUGCGCGAUACUUAUGCCGAAAUUGACGGCCGAUUGAAAGCCGAACAGUUUAAGCAACGAGUGAUGUCCUGUUUCAGGGCUUGGGAAGAACAGGCCAUCUAUUCGCCAGAUUUUCUGAUUAAAUUGCAAAACAUUUUCYUGGGAUUAGUUCAACGCCAUAGUAGUCUGGCCAGUGACGACCCGUCGUCACGCAAAGACAACGCCGCCGACGAUGAUGAUGUCGAUGGCGUACCGUUUAUCGGCGGCGGCGGCGACCAAGACAUUGAUGGCGUACCGCUCGAUAUCGAUGGCGAGCCAAUGGUUUCCACAUCGGUUUCGGCAUCGGAUAGUUCAGCAUUGCCUAAGUUUAAGCCAUCAAAAUGGGAGACAAUUGAUCCCGAACUGGUCGAAGCACAGGCUAUGACUACAUCGAAAUGGGAAUCGCUUGAGCCGACCAACGAUGACGACGGAGACGACGAUGAUAUCGACGGAAAACCAUUCGAUCCGUCACCCAAUCAUAGCUGCGGUGACGGCGACGACAGCGGUAGCCGUGGUUCACAAUUUUUGGCAUCACUUAAACAUGAAUUGACAACAACAACAACAUCAUCGACACCGACAUCGACAGCAACAAGUGGUGACAAUUCAAGUAAACGACAAAAAUUGCGUGAAAUCGAAGUCAAAGUAUUGCGAUAUCAGGACGAACUCGAAUCGGGUAAACGAUCGCGAAAGUCAUCGACGGGUCUCAGUGUACAGCAAUUGGUCGAAGAGUAUCGGCGAAAGCUGUUGAAGAGAGCCAAUGAUGACGAUAUGUUUGACGAGUCCUAUACUACUAGAGAUUAUACGACGCCAUCGGCGGCGGCGGCGGCCAUAACAACAAGUCAUUCGCCGCGAACAACAAGUCGUCGCCGAUCGCGCAGUCGUUCGCGUAGUCGAUCGCCGCGACGUCAUAGCCGUGACAGUAGUGCUAGCAGUAGUAGUCAUCAUCAUCUGCACCAUCGAGAUCAUAGUCAUCAUCGGUCACGUAGUCCUACGGGUUUGUCGUCGUCGUUGUCGUCGUCCCGUAGAAAACGGUUGUCGCCUCAGUCGCCACACAAACGAAGAAAAUGAUUAAAUUCAUUGGUUUUAAACCAUAACAACAACUGAAUUGACAUUUUUUUUUAAAUUAUUGAAUUAGUUUUCAAUUAUAUUUAUGAUUAUGAUAUUAUUGUAAUUGAUUUUUUUUUAAUGAUUUGUUUGUA